AUCAGUUCUCAAAUAAAACGGUUCAUGGUCUUGGUUUACUCCUUGCGACCAUCUCUCGUUCUCUAAAGCAAUGAAAAGCAGCGCGUUGUCCCUCCUUGUGUUGCUCUUUCUGGCAACACGGGGCAGUGCUGAUCCUGCACCUUCUACGACCUACGAAAAUAAUGCCUUCAUUGACGUAGCGAAGAAAAUUCGCAUGUACUGGAGCCACGAUGACGUGACGAUCACAAUGGAACUCCAUGCGCAGACCGUAGGUUAUGUUGCUGUGGGGUUCACCCCUUCCGGAAGGAUGGAGGGCGCCGAUAUCAUCAUUGGGUGGGUGAAGGCCGGGAAAGCCAUACUGCAGGACCGCCAUGCGACGGGUCACACUAAGCCAUUAAUGGACCCGAAACAGGACGUUGAACUGCUGAUGGGUAAAGAAGAAGACGGCUUCACCAUCCUAAAGUUUAAGAGGAAGCUGAAUACAUGUGAUCAACAACACGAUUUAGCUAUUAGGAAUGGCUCCAUGAAGAUGAUCUGGGCGAUGUUUCCAUCUGACCCCAAAGACGAGGAUUCAAUCAUCUAUCACCAUACGCAGCGAGGACAGAGGAACAUCCAGCUGCUCGGAGUCGUCAAGAAGGCGAUUCCACUGCCAGCUAACUUCUUGUGGUAUGAAUUUAGGAAUCAGAAUUACACGGUUCCGUCUGAUGAUACCACAUACUCUUGCAAUGUGUUUAGGAUGCCCAAAGUGAACAAGAAGCACCACCUAUUUAAGUUUGAACCCAUCAUCAAGAAGGGCAACAAAGGCUUGGUCCAUCACAUCAUAAUCUUCGCGUGCGGCCCCACCCCUGCACCUAUCAAUGAUACAUUUGAAGGGAAGCAGUUCCUCUGCUACGACAAGAACCCCAGUGCGAUUCCAUGGUUUCAUUACGCAUGUUUUCAUUCGAUCAUUACAUGGGCGGUUGGCGGAGAGCCAUUCUCGUUCCCAGAGCAUGUCGGCUUCUCAAUGGGAACCGAGUUCGAUCCGGACUUCUUGAUCAUGGAGACACAUUACAAUAACGAAGAAAGGAUUUCAGGCCAGGUUGAUGAUUCCGGUAUCCGCAUCCACUACACGCCCAUCCUCCGAAAACAUGAUGCAGAUGUCCUCACAUUCGGGAAAAUGAUUGACCAGAACCACAUCAUCCCACCCAAGGCGGAUUCCUUCAAAUCAUUUGGUAUCUGCUACGAGAAAUGCCUCAACGACGCAGUCGAGGAGUCAUAUGAAAACCAACUGAAUGUCUUCGCUGCCAUGGUGCACACCCAUUUCUUGGGAGUUGGCAUAAAAGUCGGGCAGAUCAGAGAUGGGAUCGAACAGCCACCAAUCGCCGGGGAUAAAUACUACGAUUUCGACUACCAGACUAUCAUGACGCUGCCUGAGGAACGUGCGAUUAAAAAGAAUGACGUGAUUGCUACUGAAUGCACCUACAAGUCAACUGGGAGAGAAAAUGUCACCUACGGUGGUUUUCCGGCAACCCAGGAAAUGUGUUUCGGCUUCAUUUACUAUUGGCCUCGAGUCAACCUGACCACGUGUAUCGAUAGGACCAGUGACAUUAGCAUACGGUCGUUUGCAGGAAUAGAGGAAAUUAGCAGCGAUGGCCUCAUCACAAAACCACUUCAAUACCUCAACAAGACUGUGACUGACGUCAUCAAUGGCAUUGAUUGGUCGAAUGAUAAAACACGUGACGCGUUUCAAAAGGUUGAAACAUUUGGCUAUAGGUCACCAGGGUGCAGUUACAGAUCAGGAUACGAGUAUCUCAAUGAACUGUUCAAGUUCGCGAGCCCAACCAAAUACUACGUUGAACCGAAGACUGAAUGCUCCAGCGCUGGGAGGCUAGAAGCCGAGAUGUUGAUAAGUCUUUUCGUUGCCAUGAUGGCGGUUUUCAAAUAAAAAUAUCGAAAAGAGACUGACACAAUGGGUGAUAUGAAUAAAGACUAGCAAAUGCUUUUAUCUAAAUCUCCAUGUACAUUUACACUAGGCCUUUCUGUACAAAACCGGAGUAAAAGCAUUUGCUAGUCUUUAUUCAUAUCACCCAUUGACAUUAGAUUAGUCCAGGAGACAAAAUAUCAACAACAGUUUACUCCAUCUUUAUGUCAUAAGACAAGUAGAGACGACUUAGCUCUCAAUAUUCUCAUCAUAUAAACAUCGUCGAGGAUUUGGCAAACCAUUUUUUUUUCUUGAAAGGGGUAGAUUUGUCUGAUGACUAUUUUAAAUUGAAGCCACCUGCUUUGUAUAUUUGAAGUAAAGCAUUAAAAAAUACCUGAAUAUUGCGUCAAAAUUCCUCCAGAAAUUAGUAGUAUAGAUGGCAUGUCAGUGCAACAAACUACAUGUAUGAAGAGUUGGCCCAACAACCACAGAAAUUUUGGCUAUCGAUAAUUUCACUUCUUUGGCAAGGUAUGUAAUUCAGUCAUACAUGACUGAUUUGAAGACUUCAAUCACCUAUAAAUAACUUUUGAUAAAGACUCGUCAAUUGAAGGUUCUAUUUAAAGUUCUUUGUUGAAAGUUCUAUCAAAGUCACAUUGUGGGUUUAAAGUGUCAUAUGGCCUGUCAGAAUUGAAGAAACUCCUUUCCAGUGUGUAGAAACACUCCUCUCGCUUAUAGCGAAACGAAACCGGGAUGUUUAAAGGCGAGCGUUCUUAUAUCUCAUAGCACGAAGUUAUCCGAACAAUGCAUAUCAGAUCAAAACCAGAGCAAAAUUUGAUUUAUUUGGUGAAAUAUAAAAAGUAUGCUUGAUAUUUGUGUAGUUGUAAGGAGAGAACAUGCAUCUUAAAUAGAUUUUACUUAAGAUUUAUCUCACAGAAGAGAGUUUGUGUUUCUUAA